AUGGCAAGUGUUAGGAAAAGACCUUUAAAGGUAGUGACAGACAGUGAGGACGAUCAAUCAGACUCGAGACAAAAACGAGAUCUACAUAUUACAAGCAAAAGAGUGUCAACGAUAGCAGAGGAGAAGGAGGACAAAAAGAAGGGUUAUGCUGGCUACUCGCAUACACUGCCCAUUCACACAAUCACCAAGGCUUCCGUGCUAUCCAAGGAAGCACCGCCCGAAAACUACAGUGGGUUUCUAAGACUAGGCAUGCUCGUUCUAGGCGCCAGCAACAUUCGACUGAUCAUUGAAAACUGGAUGAAGUAUGGUCUUUUGAUUGGAGUCCCACAUCACAGCCAUAUACCCGUACGAGAUCUUGGCCUCUUUAUGCUGGCUUGGUUGAGCGUUCCUCUCAGUCUAUUAAUAUCUCUAGUUGUGGAGUACGGCAUGGGCAAACUAGCAGUAGCCGCCAAAAAUGCCAAACCUGAUUUCUUGAAAAAACUGGCUAUUCUGGAAAGAGUUGUGGCAGUAACACAUGUAUCUCAUCUUGUAUUCUUGUUGACUUUUCCCUCUUAUCUUGCGUAUACGCAAAUCUACCAUCCAUUGGUUGGCUCAGGUGUUAUUGUUAUUUGUUUGAUUACCUUUUUGAAAUUGACCUCAUUUGCUCUGGUCAAUCAUGAAUUGCGCCAGGCGUUUGUGCAGGGAAAAUCCGAAGAUUUCUAUACCGAAGAUGCUGCUUAUCCCAACAAUGUCAAUGCCAAAAAUCUCUUGUAUGCCUUCUUUGCUCCAACUCUGUGCUAUCAGCCAUCCUAUCCUCGCUCAGAAAAGUUCCGCAAGUCCUUCUUCUUUAAGCGUGUUGGCGAACUGAUUACAUGUCUUGUCAUGAUGUAUGUGUUGACCGAGCAAUAUGCGAAACCCACAUUGGCCAAUUCGAUCCAAGCAUUGGAGGAUAAAAAGUUUGUUACCAUUGUCGAGCGUGUAUUGAAAUUAUCAACAACAGCUGUGGUGAUCUGGUUGCUUAUGUUUUAUGCUCUGUUCCAUGCCUUCUUGAAUGCAUUGGCAGAGGUAUUGCGCUUUGGCGAUCGCACAUUCUACUUGGCCUGGUGGAACUCUGGCAACUUGGCAACUUACUGGCGUCUCUGGAACAGACCUGUGUACCUCUUCUUCAAGCGUCACGUGUAUAUUCCAGCUGUUCAACGUGGAGUCCCACCUGCUGUCUGUCAAUUGUUGGUCUUUUUGAUCUCUGCGUUGCUGCAUGAAGUGUUGGUAGGCAUCCCCACUCAUUCCAUCACUGGAUUCGCAUUCUGGGGCAUGCUGGGCCAAAUCCCCUUAAUUGCAAUCACACAUGGCAUCGAGAAAUGGAGAGGCAAAGGCACCUCGCUUGGUAAUACCAUCUUUUGGAUCGUGUUCUGUGUGGUUGGUCAACCCACCAUUGCUCUUUUAUACUACUAUCAAUGGACAGCCACUCACAAGUUUGACUCUAACGGAAACACUGUUUAA